AUACUGCAUCCAAAUAGACAUGAAUACCUAACUUUUUUUAAAUAAGGGACCGCUUUUCCCAAUCUCAUACUGUAUUCUCCAAAUUCAAAAAUAUUAACCUUCUGCAAACAUUCUAAAUGUCAUAUCAGUUACAUUCUAUGUGCAUUCAAACAUAGGCUAAGCAAUACAUUUAACUAAAGAAGAGUGCUUUCCGGCCUACUGUAAUAACAAAUUACACCCUCGUUCCGAAGGGCUGGACGGCUCUUCGUCAUUAUCAGUAACAAAUAGUACCUAGCCAACGAAUCCCUCAAUACUUUGAGCAUAAGCAGUUAACUAAAACUAGUGCCUUUUCAUGAGAGACAAAUUCUGGAUUUUAUGAAGAUACCCACCAAAAAACAACAAAUAGGCCUAUUAGUCUAGAAAAAUGAAUUGAAACCGAAUUUCUUAUUCUAAAACACUUUUUAUUCUUUUAUAUUUUAAUAUUAUUUUAUCAAAAUGAUUGCUGUAUUAGUAAGUUACAAACGCUUCACAUCGUUCGAUCAUCUGCAAAUGAUCUUCCUAUGGCAAUAUGUACAUAUCAAAUAUUUAGACAUAUUAUCAUUUAGUUCCCCUAUAUAGCGGCGCCACAAAUGGGCUUAUUUACAUUGACACAAUGCUGAUGGUGAUAAUUGCUUAAGCUAAUAACGCCCAUAAAAUUCAGCCUGGUACCCUUGUUGUGGUUUUCAAGCUAUUCUUUAACGAGUUUGUGUCGGUAAGCAACAAGACCCAAACACCAAUGUUUUGACGCCAUAUGCCUAAUGUCAAAUGAUUUUGCAUAACAGAAUAUAUUUUAUCAGUGAUUGUAUCUCUUUCGGGGUUUAGUAGAUUUUAGAAAAUUUAUAUGGAUUUUAAAAUAUGACGUCGAUCAUUGAUACACAAACAACCACCUUAACGCCCGAGGAUAUCGCGGUAGAGAACGCAAUAUCCACUACCGAUGAAAAGACAUCCUCAACGUCUGAGCAAAGCACAGAAACUCCGAAGGAAAUUCAAGCAAGUGAAGAUGUCCCUGAAAACGAUGAGCUGACAUGGGGCUGGUUCGGGUUUCGUCCAUCUUGGCUUCAAGUCUUCAAUAAUUCAAAAUGGCUGCUCUUCUCAUUGUGUUUGUUCACUGCAGUCCAAGGAAUGGUGAUAAAUGGUUUCAUAAAUGUUAGCAUUACAACGAUUGAGAGACGUUUUGAGAUGCCGAGUAGGAAUGCUGGCUUUAUUGCCAGUUCCUACGAUCUCGCUUGCGCGAUAUUGGUGCUAUUUGUGACAUAUGUAGGGGGACGAGGACACAAACCCCAAUGGCUGGCUAUAGGACUCUUAAUUAUGGGCACUGGAUCUUUGAUCUUUGCUCUGCCACACUUCACAAGCGGUAAGUACGUUCCCGUCGUCGGGACAGCAUCGGUCCUUUGCGGAGACCCGUUUGUGGAUGACUGUGACCAAAGUACAGACUCUAAGCUGUCAAACUAUCUCUACGUAUUCAUCGUGGCUCAGCUUCUACAUGGCAUUGGAGCUGUACCUUUAUACACUCUUGGAACAGCUCUGAUGGAUGAGAGUGUGACGACGAGGCAAUCAGGUUUAUAUCUAGGUAUAUUUUAUGGAUCAAGUAUCAUAGGCCCCUCAAUUGGAUACCUUAUCGGCGGUUAUACACUUGGAUUUUACACUGACUUUAAUAGGGAGAACGAAGAACUUGAGAUUGAACCAGGAGACCCGGCGUGGGUCGGUGCUUGGUGGAUAGGUUUUCUAGUUGGAGGUGUUUUAGCUUUCCUAUCGGCAAUACCAUUAAGUGGUUUUCCAAGGGAGUUGCCAACAACUGCAAAAAUUCGUGCCGAAAAGGUUUCCGAAGCUCACGCUGAUAGUAAAGAAGAAAAAACAACACAAGAAGGGUUUGGGACGUCGGUGAAAGAUUUUCCAAAAGCAUUUAUGUAUCUGAUUACGAAUCCCACAUUCAUGUUUAACACAAUAGCAGCAUGCUCAGAAGGUUUGGUUCUAAGUGGUUUUGCGACAUUCAUGCCGAAGUUUGUCGAAAAUCAAUUUGUACAGACAGCCGGUAGAGCAGCAGCACUUGUAGGUAUUGCUGCUGUUCCGGCCGCUGGUGGUGGCACUGUACUUGGUGGAUAUUUUGUCAAAAGAUGGGACUUAAAAGUUAGAGGCAAACUGAAAUUCUGCAUCUUCAAUACAGCUAUGACUAUCAUAUUAGCAUUCAUUCUACUUGUCUCCUGCCCUCAAGAGCUUGUCGCUGGAAUCAACCAAUCAUAUUACGGCAAUGAAACUCUUGCCGGAGAUCAAGCAAAUUUAACUACAGCCUGCAACGUUGAUUGUGGUUGUGUGGUUGAUAGCUUUUUCCCAGUCUGUGGCAGUAACAACAUAGAAUACUUCGAUCCAUGUCACGCUGGAUGUAAAACAUCAAUUGACGAAACCACAUUUGGCGAUUGUUCGUGUCUUGGUUUAACAGGCUCUACAGAUCUUGAAGUUAAAGCAGGAAAAUGUGGGACAGAUUGCAGUGCUUUACCGGGGUAUAUGGUGGGAUUUUUUAUCAUCAUGGUUUUUAACUUCUUCUCGAGUAUUCCAGCAACGGCGACAACUUUAAGAUGUAUACCAGAUAAUCAGCGUUCGUUUGGUCUUGGAGUUCAAUGGAUAUUUGCUCGAGUGUUUGGGACAAUCCCCGGGCCGAUCCUGUUUGGACUCGCUAUAGACGCUAGCUGCACGAUGUGGCAGUAUGAAUGCGGAAACAAGGGCUCCUGUUGGUUGUACAGUAACGAAGAAAUGGGCCGCAAUUUACUUCUUAUCGGCGUAGGAUUUAAAAUUGUUAGUCUUUGCUCAUUUUCCACUUCGUUACUACUUUAUAAACCUCCUCCUGGAGGGGAAGAUGAGGACACUAUAGAGGUUGUUGAUAAAUUUUCUAAGCACGAUGGUAUUGAUAAUUCAGUUGAAAUACAUAGGUUAGAAUGAAAAAUAUUUUCUUUAAUUUUACUGAAUGCUUUUGAGGUCAUUCUUGUUUGCUCUGUAAUAUAUUUAUAUAGAAAUGCAACAAUUAUUUGUGAAGUUAUUUUUUGAUAUCAGUUUAAAUUCUACAUUAACAAUUCAAUACUGCAUCAAUAAAAUCAUUAUUACUCAUAUUCCAUAUUGACGUGAUGUAGGCCUAUGUAGUGAAAUGUAAAAUCUAUUUUGUAUACAUGAAGUUGAAGUCCAAUCAUAUAUAUAUAUAUAUAUACAUACAUAUAUAUAUAUAUAUAUAUAUAUAUAUAUAUAUGUGUGUGUGUGUGUGUGUGUGUUUGAAAACAUCUAUAGUACGGUACUGUAUAUGAAAUAUACAAGCAUUUUAACUAUAGAUAAAGAAAUUCGUUAACUUAUAUAUAUAAAUAAUUCUGGUUACUCUUCAUUAUUUAUUCAUAAUUAGUUACCCUUUUGUUAUGUAUAAUAUUAAAUUAGUGAACUAUAAGGUUGGUUACCAUUUCCUUAUACAGGUCUACCUGUAAUCAAAGACCCAUCCAAUUAAAGACCACCUUUAAUUGAAGACCUCUUUUCUGAGGGUCCAAAUUUACAAAUGUCUUUUAUCUUUAUUAACCUAAUUAGACACCAAAGCUGCUAAAGACCACAAAAACCCUGGUUCCAAAAGUGGUCUUUAACUGGAGGCCCUGAAUCAGUAAAGGCCUGUAUAAAUAAUAACAACUUUCACCCAAUUAUUUGCUUAUAAUUUCAAGAGGCAUAACAUGCCUUAUAAUCUAAUGUAAACAAUGAGUAACCUUUUCAAUUAUACGUUAACUAUGGAUUGUAUAUAAAUGAUAAUGUUAAUUUACACUCGACGCCUCAUGUGUCAUAAAAGAUCGGGUGGAGUGGCCCAUAGCGGAAGCCAGUACCUAUAACUUGAACUAUCUAUUAUUAUAUAAAUAGCAGGGGUGUCACCACACAGUGUUAUAUAGUUGAUGAAAUAAAUAGAAUAUGAAAAAAAUAUUCUCUUCAUACUAUAUACACUUUUAUAUAGUGUAUUUCCGAUUUCCAGCUAUUGGGACAUUUGGGACAGUCCCACACAAUUGUUUUAAUGGGUCCACGAAGAAUGGGUCCACAUAUUUAAAAAUGGGUCCAAAUUAUAAGCAAUUGUAUGCAUAAAAUGAGUCCACCUUUUGAAAAAUGUGUCCAGAUUUUUCAUAUUUUUGUGUAAAAUGGGUCCACAUUAUUUGAAUUUACGGGCAAAGUAGGUCCACCCUGAUUGUCCCACACUGUUUGAAAAAAUUAUAUGCAUGUAUACUUUGCUUUGAUACACCUGUACAGAUUACGGUUUAAAGGUACAGUCUAUGAAACACACUACACUAGUAAUGUACCGUAUUGUAAGACCAAAACGCCCUUAAAUAGGAGGAUCAAUUCGUGGAUAUGCCUAAGCAAAUCAUAAUGAUGAAUAGAAAUAAUUUGGAUGUGGACAGCAAAUUAGCGUAUAUCUUUGGUCUGUUAAUUCGAAUUUAAAUUUCUUGAAGUUAGCAUAUGGUAGGCCUAUUAAAGGGUUAUACAAAAUAUUAAAAAUUAAAUGUCAUUUUAAAAAAUGAAUAAAAAUAAAAUAUAAGAAAAGAAAAGUUAAGUUUGAUCUGCAUUCAAGAGAAUUCCUGUUUGGUUGCUAAGGCCGGGUUUUCUUAAAAUCGCUACACUAUCGCUACAGCACGUGUUUUCAGCCUGAGUGCAAUCUUUGCUACAGUUAGCACUCCCCGACGCAAUCGGGAAGGCUCCCCUAGUCCACCGACUAGUCACCGAAAGCUGUCGGCGAUAGCGUAAAACGAUAGUAACAUAUGAAAACCAAGCUUGACAAUCCGAUGUUAAAAACUGUUAGGAAAUCGAUUUUUAAACUUUUAAAUUUGAAUGAUCCAGGAGAUAAUUUAGUAUCUACGGUAUGUAGGCGUAUUUGUAAAGUGUGUAGGCGUAUUUGUAAUGUGUGUAAGCGCUGGCCAUUUUGUUUAUUUAUUGUGGAAUACCGGUAGUUAAUUUUAAGAUAUUAUUUUAUAAUUAUUAUUUAAUUGCGGGAAGUA